CGUAAAGAUCUGCUGCUAACUCACAUGCGUGCUCAGCGACUAGUAGCUCUUUCACGACUUGCUGGUCCUGUUUUGGCUAAUUUGCUACGCUAGGCGAAUAUCGUAAAAUUGUGCAGAAUAGUGUUUAAAAAUAUCACACAUUCUCGCAUACUGAAGCUCCACCACCGUCAGUGCUAUUGGUGAGGUUGGCCGUAAAAGACAUCUAUCGGCUCGAGAGUUUACCUAUGCAAAGGGUUUAGGUCGAACUGGGUGAAGUAGUAUAAAAGUUUUGUGUCGUUUAGAAAUCCGAAUGGCUCCUAUUGGAGAAGUGCGACGCGGAAUGUGUUAACCAAUUGAUGGAAUGAUUCAGUUCCAGGAGAGAUCUGUGUUUUUGGCAAAAGGUGAAAUUGACACAUAUUGAAUAUGUGCGUCAAGUGUUUUAUGAAACCGUUUGUUAGUGUUGAUAUUUUAGCCUUGAGUUUUGAUGAAUCAUUCGUUAAUAAUUUUAGUUGUCGUAUGAUGCAAUUGUUGAAUCUGAUCUGAUCUGAAACCGAUGCCUCGUUAGACAACAACAUAGUAAAGUGCUCGAAAAACUGCCAAAUUUUACGCCGGUGUGAUCGCCGCACAAAUCAGUUCGGAUUGAGACGAAUCAUUGAGCGAAUCCUAGCACUGUGCGAAGUAAACCAAGUUAUAACAAAUUGAUAAAUUUUUGAAAAUGAGUGCCCCUUCAGCACCAGGAGGAGGGUAUGCUCCGUACGCACCGUACCCUCCGUCGGACAAUACAGCUGGUGGAUACGCCCCACCUUACCCACCGGCAGGACCACAGGAUGGCGGAAUGGGUUAUCCGCCAGGGCCUGGGCAUUCGCCUUACCCACCGGGCCCACCAAUGGAAGCAUACGGAGCUUACUACUACUUUCAGCCUGCGCCAUAUCCUUCGGGACCUCCAGCGCCAGGUAUGGUGAUGCCCCAGCCCCAACAGUAUGCCCCAGCACAACCCUAUGGAGGCUAUCCGGCGCCGGUUAUGGUACAGCCGGGGAUGCCUGGGCAGCCACCUCCACAAGCUGCACCAGCCGGCGCACCACAAGCUGGUGGCUGGAUGAGUAUUCCUCAAGGAAUACCGAACUGUCCUCCAGGCUUGGAAUACCUUACGUCCAUUGACCAGCUGCUGGUGCACCAGAAGGUUGAGCUGCUCGAGGCGUUUACCGGUUUCGAGACAGCCAACAAGUACACCGUGAAAAAUACCCUCGGCCAGAAGGUGUACUGGGCGGUGGAGGACACCGACUGUUGCACCAGAAAUUGCUGUGGUCCUGCUCGGCCGUUCGAUAUGAAGGUGCUGGAUUACUACCAGAAUGAGGUACUACACUUUAAUCGACCGUUGCGUUGUUCGUCCUGUUGUUUCCCUUGCUGUUUGCAAACGUUGGAAGUGUCGGCGCCACCCGGAAAUGUGAUCGGUACUGUUGAACAGAAUUGGUCAAUCUUUACGCCCCAGUUUAGCAUUAAAGACCAAUCUGGUAAUACAGUGCUUCGAAUUGAAGGUCCAUUCUGUACGUUCAGCAUUUGUGGCGAUGUAGAAUUUAAGGUCGUUGCCACUAACGGUAAUCAGGUGGGUAAGAUUUCGAAGCAAUGGUCCGGCUUCGCACGAGAAGCAUUCACAGAUUCGGAUCACUUUGGGAUCAAUUUCCCUAUGGACCUAGACGUUAGAGUUAAGGCAACUCUUUUGGGUUGCCUGUUUCUUAUUGAUUACAUGUUCUUUGAAAAAUCAGGAAACAAGGAACAGGACCGUCCAGGAAUGUUUUAAAGGAAUCCAAAAAUCGCAUUACUUAAACUAUGAGCGUAAUAUAUUUAAGGUGGUUCAUCGAUGGCUAUAUCUGUACCUACAAAUUAUUAAAGGGAAAACAAUAUUUAUCUACAUGUACACACGAUGGUUUCUGAAAAAAUCUCUCAGCGCAAGAUAAAAGUUAUUCAACGUACCUUAUUCUUUGAGUGGCACAAAUGGUGGUCUGAAUACUGCAGUCUAAUACAAUCUAAGCACAAAUAGUGAAAAUACCGACAAUACCACUAUAUAUUACAUCUUCAUGUAGUUUGAACAUCGAACGCUUAAAAAGAGGAAUCAUCGCACAACUUUUUAUACUCUCUUGUUAUCUUCCAUUGCCACUAAUAUAAGCCUAUCGUUUGAUGUUGGAUAUCAUCUGCAAAGAUGUUAUAUUCUAGAGACGAAUAAAAAAUAACGUAAUUCUGGUGA